ACUGUGACGCCAUAUGUAUUGUGUGAAUUGAAAGGUAGUGUGCGACAUCUAUAAAUAUUGUAACAGACUGUUCAUGCUCGGAAAUAGGGUAUUAUACAUCGAACUUUAGAUCUGACAAUAUAUCGUAGUUAUUUUGGAUUAUACGACGAUAUUUAAGAGUUAAACCAUUCCGUACAUUUGUAUGUACAAGUCUUUACAAUGAUUUUAGCAAGAUUCGUGUACAUCUUCCUCAUUUUAUUAAAUAUAUGUUACGUGAAAGCCAAUUUACCGCAGUGUAAACCAAACUCGGACUUUCAUUAUGAAUAUACAGAAUGUGAUUCCCAAGGAAAACGUUGGAGAGUUCAAGUACCUGAAUUUGACAAAUGUACAGGGGGUAGUCCUCAACCUCCAGAAAGAGCACCCGAUUGUAAUGUUAGAUGUAAACCGGGACAAUAUUUAGAUAAAGAUAUUCAAAAAUGUAAAGAUUGCACACAAGGCAGCUAUUCUUUAGAUGGUGGAAAGAGAUACGAUACAUGGAAUGAAAUUCCUAAAGAUUUCGACAUUAAAGUGGAAUACUUUGCCAAUUUUGACGCUGAGGAGAAUACUACUUGUCCGAAAUCUGCUGGUUGGAUUGGUAAAAAAGAUUAUAUAGUAGCGCAACCAGAUUCCUGCAUGAUACGUUUAACCUACGUUGCCAAUUUGGUAAAAGAGGGGAGCGUCACCUUCAGAUAUCUCUAUGAUACAGCUACUACAGCUUAUUUCGCAUUUUCGGUUACUAAUCAAAUGUGUCAGAGGCAAAAUGAUCAAAGAAAGUCACUGACACGUUCAAGCUAUUGGGUCUCACAGACUGUUAGAUUAAAUCCAGGUUUGAAUUUUUUGACAUGGAAAGUAGUACCUUUAGAUUCUAGAAGCGAUGAGUUGCAACAUUCCAUCUUUAUACAAUCCAUUGAAAUUACUGGUCUCGCAUUUGUCAGUGAGUGUACCGAUUGUCCAGCGGGCAGCUACUCCGAUCAACCAAAAUCUGUAGGAUGCAAACCUUGCCCUAUCAAUACCUUUUCUGACAAUCUUGGAUCAAUUUCGUGCCAAGAUUGUGAAAAAGAUAGCUAUUCCUUCGAAGGACAUACCAAAUGUAUUAAGAAAUUACCGUGUAGAGAAGACGACUAUAAAAUGGUCGAUCCCGUCUGUAAACAGAACAAAACAGAACUUAGAUAUGCCUGGUUAGAACCAAAAAUAUGUAAUAGUGAACAUAAAGAUUCGGUCGCUCUACCUGAGACUAAAACUAAUCAAGACUGUCCACCUUGUAAUCCUGGAAUGGAAUUGGUCAAUGGAAUUUGCCAAUUUUGCUCAAAUGGCUAUUACAGUGAAAAUGGCUCUGGUCCAUGUAUUAAGUGUCCAUCCACUAAAAAACUCGGUGAUAAGCAGUUAAUUAUUCAAAAUUUCGAUUCUAUAUCAAAAGGAAUAAAUAUGUCAACAUCCUGUUUGGAUACUAGUUUAUCAUUUUGCCGCAGUAACAUUUCUUGGAAAUCGAAUGGAGAUUUUAUGAAAACUACGGACAAAAAUGGUUAUGAUACAUACUCAAUCCUGACAAUCAAAGUUUUCGGUUUUGCCGAGCCAAAAAUAUUGGCUGGGGAAACCAUUUACAGUAAUAUAGAAAUAACAUACGACACAUCUUGCGAAGAAAAUUGCAACUUCCUCUUUAUGACAUUGAAUAAUUUUACUCGUAGAGGACUUUCCGAAAAGUUGGCACCUUCAAAAACAAAGACAACUCAUUCUUCCCGCUUGAACAGCGAACAAUAUCCUACAUUAAUGUGGGCAUUUCAAAAGAGUACACCCAGUGAUUAUGCGAGAAUCUAUCAGAUUCGUAUUACAAAUGUUAUUAAUGGCGGUGCAACACGAUGCUCUAAUUGUACAAUUAAGGACGUGAAGAACGCAAUAUGUGAUCAAUGCCCACCAGGUCAGGUGAUAUCCAAUGGUACAGAAUGUAAACCUUGUCCUGAAAACAACAUUGUUAUCACUAAUAAAAAGGGUGAAUCUGUUUGUGCUCCCUGUGCCGAAGGGUUAAAAUCAAUUGAUGGACUAAAGUGCGUAACAACUUGCAAGUUUCAAAAGCAUAAUGGUAAAAUAUAUGACUUUACCAAAAUGGCAUCAAAACCAAUAGAAGAGGAAACUAAAUACGUAGAUAACAAAACAGAGGAGUUUCUUGAAAAAGAAACUGUUUCAUCAAGUGUGUGUCAAAUGACAGUUUUACCAACAAGCAAACCUAAUGAACCGCCUAUUAUCACACAACCUAAACCUUUGGGUGAUAUUUUAGUGAAUAUAUCAUCCGAUCCAAAGCCUAUGAACAUGUUAGAUAAGAUGAAAAAAGCUCGAUUUGACCUGCCUGAGAAUCCCGAGGAUGAUACCUACUUUACUUUUUAUAGUAAACAUUCAAGUAAUCAAUGUAAAAAUGGACGUUAUACAAUAGUCAUUUUAAGGUGUGACGUUACUUCAAAAAUUCCAGGAGAGAUAAUUCCAGCAGGUUUUUCUGGAACGUUUGAUGGAUGCACAUUCAUGUUCCUCUGGAAAUCAAUUGGUGCAUGUCCAGCGUGUACGGGUGAUGCUUACAAAGAAGUCGUAGGUGAAUGUAAGAAUAGGAAGCAGCUUGUCAGCUACAUUGCUCGAGACAAGCAUUGCUUGUUCUUGAAGGAUGCCCCACCAGAAACAACACGGCCGUGUUCACCAAUUCCAAAAUGGUUAUAUUUAGCUGUUGGAUUUAUAUUUUUCACUGGCAUUUUAUUGUGUUCUUUGCUAAUAUAUUGUUGGAAAAAGAAUAGAAAGCUUGAAUAUAAAUAUUCUAAGCUUAUUGGAAAAAAAGGGUCCAAUUCCGAUGAGGCCGAAAUGCCAGCACCAGAAACUUGCGCUUUAGAUUCUUCUGAAGAAGAAGAGUUUGAUUCCGUAAAAAUUGUUGAAGGAAAAGGGAAAAGGAUAUUUAAUAAACUCUUAGGCAAAACAAAAUCAAAUCCUUUCGAAUCAAUCAAUCUGACAUCCCAGGAAAAGGAGCCAUUAACUUAA